AUGGCUGCGAGUGUGAAGAGAAGGAAAAUAUGCCAGAAGAGCCCUAGUCAGCUGAGCGAUGGAGACGAGAAACUACGAGCAGACCUGCUGCAACUUGUGGAAGACUUGGCUGAAGGCAAAACGGCAGCUCUGUCGAGCUUGCGAAAGCUCAUGCGCACCUCGACAACAUCGAUGACAGCAGUGCCGAAGCCCCUAAAGUACCUCAAAAACUCGUACGCGACAUUGAAAGAUCUGCACGAAAAGUCAGAGGCUCUACCGGUAGACAGCAAGCGUCGAUUGGCCGAUAUCAUCAGCGUUCUGGCGAUGGCUGCUGCUCCGGAGGGAUCGCGCGAGUGUCUUCGUUAUUGUUUGCGCGGCACCAUGAAGAAACCUGGCAACUGGGGUCACGAGUAUAUUCAUCGUCUCGAAGCCGAGGUCGUCGACGAAUGGUCAACUAUGCCGCUUGAUCGAGAGCAAGUCAUUUAGAACGAGUUAAUGCCAUUGGUGAAGAAGAUCUUAGCAUACGAUACGAAACACCAUGCCGAGAUACGAGCUUGUGACGUAUGUCUCGAAAUUGAUCAACUGAGCCUUUUGAAGAACUAUCUGGAUGGCAACAACUAUGCAAAAAUUUGUUUGUACCUUGAAAGCUGUGCCAAUUAUACUGAAGAUUUAGAGAGACAAAACAUUUUGAAAACAGUCGCAAACUAUUACCUACAGUUCAACGAGUACAGCAAAGCCAUACUAAUUGCAAUGCAGCUGCCCGACUCCGAUUUAAUAUACGAGUGCGUCGUCAAAUGCAAAGACCCAUUGUUGCGAAUGCAACUCGCCUACAUUUUGGCCAGACAGAGAGAUCAGCCAAUGAAAAAAGCUUACAAUGGAGAAAACGCAUCAGACAUCGAGACAAUUUUAAGCAACGCUCACGUGAACACCUAUUAUCUGAUUAUGGCGCGAGAACUGGACAUCAUGGAGCCAAAAACUCCAGUGGAGAUUUACAAGUCGUGGUUGGAACCAGGCCACAUCAGACUGUUGGAACAAGACUCAGCUCGAGCGAAUCUCUCCACUACUUUCGCCUCGGCCUUCGUACAUACGGGAUUCGGUCGCGAUAAACUCAUGUGUGAGAGUAACAUGCACUGGGUUUACAACAAUAAGGAGCAAGGAAUGCUAUCUGCAGUAGCCUCGCUGGGUCUCAUUCACAUGUGGGACGUCGAUGGAGGACUGUCCCCGAUCGACAAAUAUCUGUACGCGAGCGACGAGUUCGUGAGGUCUGGUGCACUACUGGCGAUUGGUCUUGUGAAUUGUGGUGUGCACAGCGACUGCGAGCCCGCGUUGGCUUUGUUGAACGAGCACGUAAUGUCGUCGAGUCCAGUACUCCGGAUCGGCGCGAUACUUGGCUUGGGCCUCGCAUACACUGCAUCCCAAAGAUCGGAUUUGAAUAAUAUACUGUGUCCGCCGAUGAUCGACAAAGAAAGCACAAUGGAAAUCGUAGCGUUGUCGGCGAUUGCGCUCGGUCUUGUUAAUCUUGGUUCUGCAAAUGGCGAAAUUAGCUCUAUGAUACUGCAAAAAUUAUUGGAACUUAAUGGAGAACAACUUUCCUCGUCAUACGCGAGAUAUCUAACGCUAGCACUUGGUUCAGUGUAUAUGGGUCACAGAGAUAAUAUAGAAGCUCUCAUAGCAGCCUUAGACGUUUUACCAGAUCCGUACAAGUUACCAGCACAAACAAUGAUUCAAGUCUGUUCUUAUGCUGGUACUGGCGAUGUGCUGAUAGUACAAGAUCUCCUUCGUAUAUGUUCCAAGCCAGUCGAAGAAGAGAUAUUAAAAAAGACUUCGUCGCAAGUAAAUAAAUCCAUGCCUGUAUGUUGCAGUUCUCAAAAAAUGCCAAAUAAUACGCAAACUCGCGAAGAAAGAAAUGAAAAUAAGAAGGAAAAACUUCCAAGUGAGAUGAAACUGACACAACCGAUAGCUUCUCUCGGGGUUGCUGUUGUGGGUCUCAGUAAAGGAAAAGAAAAUUCUCGAAUAUUUGGCCAGAUUGGUAGAUACGGUUCGGCUCCAGCCCGAAAAGCAGUUCCACUGGCAAUAGCAUUGAAUUAUCUCUCAAAUCCAGAUCUAUCAAUUUUGGAUAUUUUGAACAAGUAUAGUCAUGACAGCGACUCGGAUGUUGCUUUGAAUGCCAUUUUUUCGCUCGGUUUGGUCGGCGCCGGUACAAACAACGCUAGAUUAGCUGCAAUGCUAAGACAGUUGGCUAUCUAUCAUGACAAAAAUCCCGCGCACCUGUUCUUAGUUCGCGUUGCUCAAGGAUUAGUCCAUUUAGGAAAAGGAACAAUAACUUUACAGCCUUUUAAAUUUUCAUCGAAAGUGUUGGACCAAGCAUCGCUAGCCGGUUUAUUAGUCGUCCUCGUUUCAUUUUUGGAUUGUAAAAAUCUUAUACUAGGAAAGUCACACUAUUUGAUGUACUGUUUGGCACUUGCAAUGGAGCCUCGAUGGCUAGUAACCCUUGAUGAAAAUCUCAAUCUUCUACCAAUCUCAGUAAGAAUAGGUGAAGCUGUGGACGUUAUUGGUAAAGCUGGUCAUCCGAUGUCUAUCACUGGCGGUAGUGUAAGAACUACUCCCGUAUUAAUGUCUUAUGGAGAGCAAGCAGAACUAGUUACAAAUGAUGAGUACGAGCCUCUUGUUCAACCAAUGGAAAGUUUUGUUAUUUUAAGAGCUAAAGGUCUUGAAAAAUAG